AUGAAAUUGGCAAUACCGCCGAGAUUCAAGAGUGCCAAGAUACCACCGUACGACGGAAGUCAAGACCCGGAGGCCCAUUUAGAGGCUUUCAAGACCGAAAUGUUGUUCAAUGGGAUAACUGGACCUAUCAAGGCCAGAAUCUUCGCGACGACGUUAACAGGCCAGGCAAUGGCCUGGAUAACCAGGCUUCCCAGGAACUCGAUUGACUCGUUCGAGGACCUAGCCCGAACUUUCUGGUUCAAAGAUGCCGCCCUAAAGGUUUGGAAUUUAACUGAGCCAGUACACUUGCAUCUGAUCAUCUCGGGAUUAGAUGGCGAUUCUCCACUGGCAAAGCCAAUUUACAAGAACCCGGUCAAUGACCUGGAGGAGUUCCGACGAAGGUCGGACAAGUACAUUGACGUGGAGGACAUGCAGAAGGCUUAUGGGGAAUCCAGAGGUCGAAGCCCGAAUCACAGGAGUCCAAGCAAGAAAAACAAAGACCGAGAUCAACGAGGGGCGAAGAAGGGAAAGGACACUCGAGAGAAUAGGUCGGAUAACCGAUCCCCAAGGAGCAAAUAUGAUGAUUACACGCCUUUGAACAUGUCCAGGAUUAGGAUAUGGAAAGAGGUGGCCCAGACUGAAAUGCGCAAUGUCGAGAUACCUCGACCCCUGAAGGCCAAGAGUGGAUUGGAUAGAAACAAAUAUUGCGCUUUCCAUGACCAGAACGGUCACAUCACGGAUGACUGUUGGGACCUCCGAGAUGCCAUCGAGAAACACAUCAGAGAUGGGAAAUUGAAACAAUACAUCAUCAGAACUCAGGGCAAGAAAAAUAAUAAGCGAAGGCGGAGAAGCCGGAGCCUAAGUCGGAGCCCGAAGAGAAAGGAUAGAAAGGAUCAGAGACAAGACCGCCCUACAAAGGGCAAAGAGGUCGAAGAUAAAUAUGAGGUUUUUCAGGAAGCCGAAUUUGAGUGCAAUGUGAUAAGCGAAGCUCUGGGUGGAGGAGGAGACACGUCCAACGCAAGAAGAAAGUACCUGAAGGAGGUUAUGUCAGAGGAACUAGAAAUGGUUGUACCCGGAAACACUGACGGCUUAGUGAUCACUGGAGUGCUAGUCAACUGCCGGGUUAAGAGAAUCUUUAUUGAUCACGGGAGCUCGGCAGAUAUACUUCUCUGGGACGCUUUUCAAAGGAUGAACCCGGACGAGAAGGACUUGAAACCAUGCAUCACCGAGCUGGUCGGAUUCAAUGGAGUGUCAUCCCCCCCAAAGGGCUACAUUGAUUUGAAGCUGACCUUAGGGACGAAGGACUCAUUCCGUGCUGGAAGGGUUCGUUUCAUCGUAGUAGACACCGAGUCGUCCUACAAUGUGAUCAUUGGUCGACCUACAAUACACGACUGA